AUGCCGCUUGUUAUUGCUCGCUCAGCUGCAAGCAAGCAGAGCUUGACUGUUUUCUCUAGCACAACGCUUGCAUCAGACGUUGAGAAAAAAGCUACGAUAUGUGUGACUCAGAGACCUGAGACGUCAAGUCUAGCCGACGACCAACUCGGUGAUGUGAUCGAUCCUCCUCGCUUCUUUUUUCAAAAAUCAAAGAAGUACAAUCCAAAUGCUAUCGCGACACAGCCGUCGGUGUUCGACGAUCCGGAUCUUGCCGAGGAGUACAAACCACGAUCAGACUGGGAAAAUAUACAUCGGUUUGACCCAGCGGCGCGAUGGACAAGAGCUGAAGAAGAUAGUGUGGUUAAGAAGCUCGAUAUCCGCAUAAUCCUGUGGUCUUGUGUCAUGAUAACGGCGCUGGAACUCGACAGAUCCAAUAUCCAGCAAGCCAACGCGGAUGAUUUUCUGACAGACCUUAAACUCAGCCGCGAUGAUUACAACCUGGGAAAUACUAUCUAUAGGCUGUGUUAUAUGAUGAGUGAGAUACCGGCACAAAUCAUCGGCAAGAAACUAGGCGCGGAUCAAUGGAUUCCAAUCCAGAUGAUAUCAUGGUCCAUCGUCGCUACUUGCCAAUUCUGGCUAUCUGGAAGAACGUCUUUCUUGAUCACUCGGGCCUUGAUUGGCAUUUUAUCCGGAGGGUUUACACCCACAAUGAUCCUUUACUUAUCGUAUUUCUAUAAGCAUCAUGAGCUCUCCAUACGUCUUGGAUUCUGGUAUGCAGCUUCUUCGCUGGCGGAUAUAUUGGCGGCCAUCUUUGCAUACGGCAUAUUGCAUUUAGGGGGUCGUGGUGGCCAAGCUGGCUGGCGAUGGCUGUUCUUGAUCGAUGGUCUUGUCACUCUCGCAUUAGGACUCUUGUCCUUCAUUUUUCUGCCUCCGGGGCCAACUCAAACCGCGAAUUGGGCCCGCGGUAAAAAGGGCUGGUUCACAGAACGAGAGGAGGUUAUUAUGGUCAACCGUAUAGUGCGGGAAGAUCCUAGUAAAGGCUCAAUGCACAACAGACAGCCUUUGACAGCGAAGCUUGUAUGGCUUAGCUUCAGUGAUUUCGAUCUGUGGCCGCUCUACAUUGUCGGAAUCAUGUUUCUGACACCUUGGACAACGGUCUCGCAGUACUUCACACUGCAAAUGAAAGAUUUCGGGUUCGACACUUUCAAUUCCAUUCUUUUGGCUAUCCCAUACAGUGUCUUUGGCAUCAUCACAAGAAUUAUUCUUACUUAUUCAGGCGAAUACUUUGAGUCCCUCUCAUGGAUGGGAAUCUUAGCCCAGGUCUGGAGUUUGCCGAUGAUGAUAUACAUGAAUGUGGUAGAUCUCAAUCAAACGAACAAGUGGAUUGUGUGGACCGUUCUCACCCUCUUUCUUAGUCUUCCAAGUGCUCAUGCACUUCAGGCGGGAUGGAUAUCGCGCAAUUCGAACAGCGUCAGAACUCGGGCCAUUGCGGCUGCGAUAUAUAAUAUGUCCGUUCAAUUGUCUGCAAUUAUAGCCUCGAACAUAUACCAAGAUGGAGAUGCACCACGCUAUGUUAUAGGAAAUCGAGUGCUUCUGAUCCUCGUGGGCGUCAAUAUAAUACUCUAUCUUGCUACCAAGGCUUACUAUGUGCUGCGCAACCAUGAGCGCGAUCGACGCUGGGAUGCGAUGACCGAGGAACAAAAGGUCGAGUAUGUCGCAGUGACCAAGGAUGAUGGCAAUAAACGGAUGGAUUUCCGGUUUGCGCAUUGA